UCGAUACGUAUUAUCUUUGUUAAAAUGAAAAGCACACACACGUAGCUUGUCUUCGAUGGCAUAACAAAGUUCAAGGUCACAUUAGCACCAUGGCUGAAAAUCCUGUAACGCACCUUGAAAACAGUUUAAAAAAGACAAUAGAUGAAGUUGACAAGGAGCGCCUUAGAUUUAUUCAAAUUGACUUCUUUAAGUGUGCUACGAAGUGCUGUGAAAAUAAGGAUUUAGAUUUCCAGGAAAGACAGUCGUGUAACCAGAAGUGUGGUGAAGUAUUUGACAAAGCCAGUGCUUACGUGGAACAAGAGGUUGGAAACUUUCAGAACCGAUUAAAGAGAUGUUUUAUGGACUGUCAUGACAUGGCCAAUGACCAGGCUGGAAACAAGGGAGACAACACUACUUUAACUCAAAAGUUUCUUAAAGAUUGUGGUGGAAAAUGUGUCAAUAAGUAUUUAGAUCUUUUACCUACACUUAAGAAGAGAAUGUUAGAAAAUCUAUCGAAGUGAUAAAUUAUUUUUCUAUUAUGAUGCGUGAAAUGGGUAGGAAAUUACAUUGCAGAUGUUAAUUCAUGUUUUUGUGGAGGGGAUAGGAUUUUUAUUUCCAACAGCAUUUUGUGGUACGAUUUAGCAAGAGUAAGUUAGUUGUAUAGACACUGAGAAUUGGAUCAAUAAAGAAAUGUCAGUGACUGGAACAGAUCAGAUGAAUUCAGAGACGGCACUGCUGAAUAUGUCUAAUACAGGACAGUUGUAACAGCCACGGGGCCUGUUUGAAUAUAGUGUGUUUCAGUGAGUGUCAGUUCUGUGCUGUAGGCAUACUGCCUAGUUCUUGGAGCAUUUGACACAAACUCAUCCUUUUUUACCAUACAUAAGGGUAAUUUUACAAAGAGUUGUGUAUUGAGCUUAAAAAACAAGGAGAGCCAACACAGAAGGGCAUCAGGCAGUAUUGAUAAGAGCCGAAUACAUGGGAAAGAAGUCAGUGAAGACAUGAAAGUCCAGUGAAGAUAAAAAAAAUUUGGUUUGUCAACAGAAGAUAAUUAACCCAAUAUUUCAUUGUUACACAGGAAAAAAGUAAAAUUGAAGAAUAUCUUACUUAUAUUGCCAAAAGAAUUAAAAGAAUUACUAGGACAUUUUAUAUUAGAAAUAUGCACAUGAUAUGUAGGUAGUGCAUUUCACUCUUCAAUAAUAAAGCUUGCAAGUCAAUUUU